AUGAGAAAUUACACAGAAGUAACAGAGUUUAUUCUUCUUGGAUUGACUAAUGACCCAAGGUGGCAGGUUGUACUUUUCACAUUUCUGCUCACUAACUAUGUGCUAAGUGUGGCCGGGAACCUCAUCAUUAUCAUCCUCACCCUUUCAGAUCCCCAUCUACAGACUCCAAUGUAUUUCUUCCUUCAAAAUUUCUCAGUCUUAGAAAUAUUAUUCACGUCAGUCUGCAUUCCCAGAUUCCUUGUCACUAUUGUGACCGGGGAUAGAACGAUUUCCUAUAAUGGUUGUGUGGUUCAGCUUUUUUUUUUCAUUUUGUUUGGGGUGACGGAAUUUUACUUUCUGGCUGCCAUGUCCUAUGACCGCUACGUGGCCAUCUGCAAGCCUCUGCAUUAUACCACCAUCAUGAGCAGCAGGGUCUGCACCUUUCUCAUCCUUAGCUCCUGGUUUAUGGGAUUGCUGAUCACCUGUCCACCAAUAAUUCUGAUACUGCAAUUGGAUUUCUGUGCCUCCAAUAUAAUUGAUCAUUUUCUCUGUGACUCUUCUCCAGUUCUGCAGCUUUCUUGCACAAACACUCACUUUCUAGAACUCAUGGCAUUUGUUUUAGCUGUUAUAACAAUCAUGGUCUCCUUAACACUAGUAACUAUUUCCUACAUAUUUAUUAUCCAGACAAUUCUGAGAAUUCCUUCCAUGGGUGGAAGGAAAAAAGCUUUCUCCACUUGUUCCUCCCAUGUGAUAGUUGUCUCCCUCAGUUAUGGUAGUUGCAUUUUCAUGUACAUUAAGCCUUCUGCAAGGGAGAGGGUGACUUUAAGCAAAGGAGUGGCUGUGCUCAAUACGUCAGUGGCUCCUGUCUUGAAUCCUUUCAUAUAUACACUAAGAAAUAAGCAAGUGAAGCAAACCUUUAAGAACAUGAUCCAGAGAAUGGUCUUUUUUUCAAAUAAAUGA